ACGAAGCCCUCAGUGUGCCUCUGUCCUUUGCCACAAACAUGAGGUUCCAAUUCUCUCUCAUCGCCAUCGGCCUGGAGGUUACCAUGAUUAUUUUAUUUGGAGUAUUUGUUGAGUAUGAAACGGAUCAGAUCACCGGCACCCAGUCACUUAGCACGCACAUGAAUGGAUCCCUUGACUUGUAUCCGUUAUUCCAAGAUAUACAUGUUAUGAUAUUUGCUGGGUUUGGCUUUGUCAUGACCUUCCUGAAGAAAUAUGGCUUCAGCAGUGUGGGCAUCAACCUGCUCAUUGCUGCUCUGGGUCUCCAGUGGGGCACCCUUGUCCAGGGCUACCUGUACAGCAACGGAAAGAAAACGCGCGUUGGAAUCAGAAACAUGAUAAACGCCGACUUCAGUGCAGCCACAGUUCUGAUUUCUUUUGGAGCUGUCCUGGGAAAAACGAGUCCUGUGCAAAUGCUGAUCAUGACAAUUAUAGAAAUCGCUGUCUUUGCUGGCAAUGAGUACGUGGUUGGCGAGAGACUUUUGGCCUCUGACGUUGGAGCAUCAAUGACCAUCCACGCCUUUGGAGCCUACUUCGGUCUGGCUGUAGCUGGUGUCUUGUACCGACCAACACUGAGAAAAAGGCAUCCCAACGAGGAGUCUGUGUACCACUCGGACAUCUUCGCGAUGAUCGGGACGCUCUUCCUGUGGAUAUUCUGGCCCAGCUUUAACUCAGCCAUCGCUGACCCUGGAGUCAACCAGCACAGGGCCAUGGUGAACACGUACUUCUCUCUGGCUGCCUGCGUCGUCAGCGUCUUCGCGUUCUCCAGCCUCCUUGAGCCCGGAAACAGGCUCAAUAUGGUUCACAUUCAGAAUGCUACCCUUGCCGGAGGCGUGGCUGUGGGCGCUUGUGCGGACAUGGUGGUUCACCCCUACUUCUCUAUGCUCAUUGGGAGCAUUGCAGGAAUUGUCUCGGUGCUCGGGUUCAAGUACCUGACCCCAUUGUUCACCACUAAACUGAGGAUCCACGAUACAUGUGGGGUCCACAACCUGCAUGGCUUACCUGGUGUGAUAGGAGGCCUCGCAAGCAUCCUGGCCAUAGCUGUGGGAGAAACUGACAGGCACUCCAUGGGCCGGCAGGCGGCAGCGCUGUUUACUUCCAUCGCAACAGCAAUUGGCGGCGGGCUAAUCACAGGUUUGAUUCUAAGGAUACCCGUCUGGGGGCCGCCGGCCGACGAGGACUGCUAUGAUGAUUCCGUUUACUGGAAGGUCCCUCAGAGGACAGAACAUGACUAUCAUUUCCAGGAAUAUGGCAGCCACAGCCAUCAGGAAAUUGAGAUCUAAAAACCAUUCUGGUGCCUCACCUCUUCCCAUGAUCCAGAAUCAAAACAGAAAGGCAGCACCCAUUGAAAAUAUGGACUCGAUGGAUAGAUCCUGAGCCCCAAAUGUCCAGUGUGAAAAUGUUUUAACAUAACCUAGUGCUGUCUCUUGGUAUCCAAUGACUAUCUAGUUGCAGAAAUGUGAUUCAUGAAACAGAUAGUCAAAUGGAUUCUAUACAGAACCCUCAGAUUACUCUCGCCAGUGAGGUGGGUAUAGGGCGAACAUUCCACAUCUUUUCUUGUAUUUUUUUUUUUCCCACAUAGAGGAGGAUUUAUAAAGAAACCAAUACUUUCUAAUUUUGUCAGUUCCUUAAAGUACAUACUAUGUCUUCAGUCCCAAAUGUAUAAAACUGAAGCCAAUGAAAUAAUAAUUUAUGUUAAAAAUCUAUAUAAGAAAUAAGAAAGAAAUAGGUUUGUAAAGCAGUCAUAUGAUUGUUUUUGGCAGUACUUUCUUCAUUUAAAAAAUGGUCAGGUUAAUAAAGUUAUGUCUUUAUUUGAAUAUUCUUAUGCUUAAUUUCUUUUGCAUGUUGACCAUUUGCAACAAGAGCUCAAAUACUAUCUGGACCAAAGUCUGUUUUGUAUAAAAUUUCAGUGAAUUAUAAUGUUAUUAUAAAAUAAAGCAAUUUGUCAUUGACUCUUUUUCCUUUGGUGGUUAGAAUUCAUUUUAAUAACGAGCACACAGACACACACACACACACUCCUCAUAUUUAGUCUGUAUUCAAUCCAAAUAAAUUGUUACUUACUAUGUAUUCACUAUUUUUUUUUUAAAUCAAGUUAUUGUCUUAUGUUAGA